AUGACUACCUUGUUGAAGUCAGUGUAUGACUACUGGGUGAGGAAGAGGAAGAACUGCAGAGGCCCAUCGCUUCAUCCCUCAGAUCAAGCAGGAGAAGAGAGAUGGCUCCAGCAAACAACGAUGCUUACGUGGCCCUUCAGGCGUCGCACAGAGAAGAUGCAGACUAGGAAGUAUGCAUGCGUUCUGUGCUUCGUCAUGCAUUCCUCAAACAAUGCUAAAGCUGAGGAGAGAGUUCAGCCGAACCAUGAGCAUCCUGGAGAUGAUCAAGAAGAGAGAAAAGAGCAAACGAGAGCUGCUGCAUCUGACGCUGGAGUGUUUGAGAAAAGAUAUCAGAUUGGAGACUUCUCAGGAGAGAUUCUGAAUGAGGUCACUGUACCUCUAGCAGAGAAGACCAUUUACCCUGCGCCCAUAUCCUUACCCUUAAGCAGUCGGCACAAGACAGAGAGCAAAAUUAAGUCACACAAAUCCGGGCCCAAACACUUCCACCCCUUCACAGUCAAGCCUGAGCUUCACUUUGACUUUGUGCGUUCCCAUAAAAAGUACAACAAGAGGCCCAGACUUGAUACAUUUCACCAGCCUGGUCGGGCAGAGCGACAGCAAACCAUCAACAAGGCAGACAUUAAACAAUAUGAUUUCCACAGCUCUGGAGAGGAGGAUUACCCAUUGUCUCCAGCUUCAGAGCCAGAUGAAGAGAAUGAUCCUGAUGGAAUCUUUGCCUUCAGACGGAAAGCUGGCUGCAGUUACCACGCUCCGCUGGUGGAUCAGAGCUGCUCUCCUCACAGGCAGCAGACGGGUCCGGAGCGACUGUGGCAGCCGAACUGUCUCACCGCUCUCUCUGUGCCCAGACGCUGCAUCGCAGUGGCUCACGGGAGGGUGGGCAGAGGUGGCAGGGUUGUUUUGGAUCGCACCUCAUCAGAUCUGGACCGUGCCCUCAGGCAUCUGGACCCUGACAUGUUUUAUCCCUCCACUGACUCUAUUGUGCCUGACGUCCCCGUCCACACAAACACGAACUCUCACAACCCUCAGCGCUCACUGACUCAGCUCCUGAGUGACAUCCAGGCCUGCAGGUGGAAGUUUUUCCGCCCUCGGCCGCUGCAGGAGAACGCGAGGGGUGAAGACAAGAAAGGGACUCCGCAGGUGGAAAAAGGUGGAGCACCGCCGCUCUCUAACCGUGUGUCAGGUGGAUUCACAGAAGAACAGUUUCACUCCCAUCAGCAGCAGCUGGUUCAGAUGCACAAACAGUUACAGCAGCAGGAACUCCAGCAGAACUCGACCGCACCAGAGCUGCACACACACCUGCCUAACACGGCGUCAUCUGACUGCAAGUCUAAGACUCUGGACUCGGCUAGUGCACACUUUGCUGCCUCUGCUGUGGUCAACACCCCCAACAAUGAAAACAGGCCCCAGAUGGCUAGUGUCAAUGGCGUUCUUCCCAAUUCAGGAAGCUUUAGACAAGCCAAAUUGAACCGUUCUGUACAGAGUGGAGAUGGUGGUGAGUCAGGCUCUUUAGUACGGAUGACGAAUGCAUCUAGCCCACAGCUGCCCGUCCCGCAGUCUCUGCCUCACGGCCACGGGCACCUGAGCACCGUGAGCGCUGUGUCACCUGCCCAAACGCACCACGGUGCACGCCUGUGCGCCCCUUCACCCUCAGCCUUAAAGUUGGCCAGUGUUGCUAGGAGUCUGGACCGGGUACCCAAAGUCACCCCCACUAGUGCCAUCGACGUUGCCAGAGAGAAUCACGAACCAGAGAGACUGGCUCUCAAUGGAUUAUCAGAGACCACAGUCGCCAUGGAGGUCACAUAGCCCAUCCAAAAACACAGAGACUGCAGUGCUGUGAGCUUCUACACCGACCUAUACCCAAUAACAGCAUAUCAAAAUAUUAAGACAUUUGUCAAUAUUAUAAGUGUACAUUUUGUAAAAUUGGGAAUUAUCACUACCUUGUAAAAUAGUAUAUUUGUAUCAUUAGUCUGUCAUUUCUGUUACUUGAAUCCUAGAUUGUUUUUUUGUUUUUGUCAUCAUGCUUUUGCACUUGAAAAUGCAAGCAAGACAAGUGCAUCAGUUCAUGUUGGGAUCAUGAGCAUGAAUAUAGGUCCUGUGUCACUUGUUUUAACUAUUUAUUUUGCAACGUUUACAUUUUUGUAUCUCGUACAAAUAAAUCCAAUUUUGUGACCACAAAAUGCAGACAUAGCUAGUUUACCAUGCUUUGUGCUUGUUUCUUUAUAGGAAGAAGAAAGCUAAAUUUGGUUUCACAGAUACGUACUUUCAAAAGGGGUGAUCUUCCCUCUCGAAAUAUCAACCAUUUUUAAUUGGUUUAUUUUCUUGCCUUCCUCUCCUUGUCUUAACAAGAAUGGUAUGUUAAUUCUGGAGACCAAUGGGCUUCGUCAGAAUGUGCUUAAGAUAAAUCAAGCAGAAGAUCUUCAUUUUGGCAUUUACAUUCUACUCUUCUGACGGAAGCCCUCAUGUCAUUUGUCUUUAACCGUUACUGGUUAACCAGUGUUGAAGGAGCUGUUCAGGGUUCUGACUGCUGUUGUAUUGAAAUUAAACUCUACAGGGCACAAAUGCUGUCAGCCAUCUUGUUUAUAAAUGCUGAAAUUUAUACAUCCUCAGUCCAGUGUCUUCAAAUAAAUGUCCUGUUUUCAAAUGCC